ACCAAUUUUGCGCGCUUGCGUAGCCGGAGCACCGCUUUCUCGACGGCGCAGGCGCAACGCGGACGAAGGAGCACGGCGCCAUUUUGCCGGGCUGCUGAGGGAGGGGGGGACGCAGAAUAGAAGGGAGGCCGACGAAGCCGGGCUCCGUAUCGCCGCCAGACUGUGGGGAAGAGGGGCCGCCGCCACCGCCACCAUCCCGCACUUCCCGUUCAGGGCGCCUGAGGGCGGAGGCCAGCCUGAGCCGAGCCUCCAGCCGCCGCCGCCGCCACCACCGACGGAGCAGAGCCAGUCCCGCCCCCGACGGUUCUGGGGACCCGAGAUGGCCGCGCAGUCCGCGCCGAAAGUUGUGCUUAAGAGCACCACCAAGAUGUCCCUCAACGAGCGCUUCACUAACAUGCUGAAGAACAAACAGCCGAUCCCCGUCAACAUUCGAGCCACCAUGCAGCAGCAGCAGCUAGCCAGUGCCCGCAACCGGAGGCUGGCCCAGCAGAUGGAGAACAGGCCUUCUGUGCAGGCCGCCUUAAAACUCAAGCAGAAGAGCUUGAAACAACGCCUGGGGAAGAGCAACAUCCAAGCACGCUUAGGCCGACCGGCGGGACCCCUGGCUCGCGGAGCACUAGGGGGCCGAGGGCUGCCCAUGGGUCAGAGAGGGCUGCCCCGAGGAGCCAUGCGCGGCGGGCGCGGAGCGAGAGCGUUGCUACGAGGAGGAAUUCCCCUCAGAGGACAAGGUUUACUUCGGGGUGGGCGUGGCCUCUCUCCUAGGAUAGGCCUGAGAAGAGGAGGCCUCAGAGGGCGCGGAGGGCCCGGAAGAGGCGGACUCAGAGGACCCAUGGGGCGUGGCGGAAUCGGAGGCAGAGGUCGCGGCAUGGCAGGCCGGGGGAGAGGAGGCUUCGGCGGCCGCGGGAGAGGCCGGGGGAGAGGCAGAGGCUCCGCCCGCCCGGCGCUGACCAAGGAGCAGCUGGACAACCAGCUGGACGCCUACAUGUCCAAGACGAAAGGACACCUGGAUGCCGAGCUAGACGCCUACAUGGCCCAGACAGACCCGGAAACCAAUGACUGACACCUGCUGCCUGGAGACACUCGCUGAAAUGGUCUUGUGUGGUUCCCUUUCCCCCCCACCACCACCCCACCCCCUCUAUAAGCCAAGAACAGCCACCGCUGAUCCUGCAAGAUGGGGGGGCCUCGCUGACCUGCGGGGUGGGGAGGGGCAGGAGCUGCCACUGUAAUGUGUUCCUUUUACAUUUUGAUACUCUGGUGUUGUACAAAUUGUUUUGGGGGGGAGUUGUUUUUUUUUACAUAUAUACACAAAUAUUUCUUAGCUCGGAAGAUGAAUGUGACUGACCUGCCGUCCCCAGGUGGUGCCCGGUUUGCUACGUGAAGCAGAAACACCGGACUGUGCUGCACACAAACGCACCCCCUUCCCCUUUCCUCCCCCACCCUUACA